AUGUGGCUGCCGCACGUGGUGCGGCUGGUGGAGGAGCUGCAUCAGAGCGGCCAGCUGGCGGCCGGCGGCGCGGCGCUCCUCCAGCCGCGCCUGCGGCCCGUGUUCGCGCGCCUCUGUCCGGCGGUGGUGGCCGCCUACACGGUGGUGGCCGCCGCCGGCAGCGUCACCUGUCUGGCCGCCGCCAGAGCUAUCUAUCGGCGCGGCGCGCCGCCGCCGGCCGGCUGCGGGCCGCUGCUCACCCUGCUGGCCGGCUGCCUGGCCAACUGUCUGCUGGUGCUGCCGCUCACGCUGACCGUGCUGCUGCUGCAGAACUGGGUGCUCGGCAGCACCAUGUGCUACAUGCUGCCCAUUAUGCAGAACAUCCCGCUGACGCUGAUGACGCUGACGCUGCUGCUGAUGACGGUGCGCCAGUACUGCCGACUGCUGCGCCGGCGGCGCUGGCCGGCCAGCAGCCCAAUUUGCCUGCUGGCCGUGUGGCUAGUCUCCAUCUGCGCCGCGCUGCCCUACCUCAUCUACACCGACUACCUGGACAUGGAGCUGUUUUUCGGCGACCUGCGCGGCGUGGGCCUGUGCAUGGUCAAUGUUGGCCGCGGGGUCGGCCCGCUGACCAAGGUCCUGUUUGUCACCACCUACAUCCUGCCGCUGCUGCUGAUGGGUCUCCUCCAGCUGUUCAUAUCGCAGGGACUGGCGGAGCGCCGCUCCGGUCUGCAGGCUCACUCUGAUGACGAGCCGCCGUGCGCCGCUACCGUCGGCACCGUGCACAGGUGCAGUUACGUCACGGACGCGUCACGAGAGACGGACCAGGAGGCGGACGGCCUGGGCGAACCGCGCCGCCACGUCCUCGACCUGGCCGCGGAGGCCGCCGCCCACAAGUACACGCUAGCCAUCACGCUGGCGUACGCCCUCUGCCUCUGCCCGCUGAUGGUGCUGAGAAUUGCUAAGGAAGCCAUCUCGGAGACAUACAACAACUCACACUAUUUCGACAUCAUUUACGUGGUUUUUGUUUGGAUUUGCUUUCUCACAAGCUGCACAACUCCGGCCUUGAUGCUGGUCUGGCACAAACGAAGUGGAGACCCCAAGUUGAGCCUGCGGACGCCGGCGGGGCGUGGCUCAAGGGACGGCCAGCCGGGCCUGCUGGGGACGUCCCAGCGCGAGCGGCGCAAGCACAGCGUCGCCGGCGUCAGCGUGCAGCUGCUGCAGCUGGUGGUUCCCGGCGCCGACACCGGCUACCGGCUGGCCGGGGAGGACUGAGGCGGGAUCCGACCGUACCCACUGCCGCGGGGAGGACUGAGGUCCGAGGACUGACACCGGCUACCCAUCGGCCCGCGAGAUCUGACGUAAAGGUCCGCCCGAUGGCGUCGUCCCGUGCCGUCAUUUAUAGCUGUGUGUCAACAGUGUGGGCUGACGUCGAUAUUGUCUGAGACAUUUUUGUUAGCUAGUGCUACCGAUAGCCGCUGGAUCCAGCAUUGUUUAUUGGUAUCACCCGGAGAUAAUUGUCUGCUGACGUCCAAUUGUCUGCUUUUAAACUUUGAAGCCCGGUGGCUGGCAUCACCAUCAUCAGCUUGGUGGAACCCAUUGACACCUCUGUCUGCUGGUGUCAGCAUCAUCUGCUUUUGUAGCCCGCGGUGUCACCAUUAUCUGCUGGUAAUAGCCGGAGAUAAUUGUCUGGGGAUGUCCAAUUUCAAGCGUGGCAUCACCAUUAUCAGCUAGGUAGAGCCCACUGACACCUCUGUCUGCUGGUGUCAGCAUUGUCUGUAUUUGUAUAGCCUGAUGUUACUAUUAUCUGCUGGUGAAACCCGUUGGAUCCUCUGUCUGCUGGAGUUGCCAGGCGAUUAGCUACUGUUUGCUUAUUUGCUUAUUUGGCAGUUGAUUACUAUUUGCUUAUCUGACCACCGGCUGUUGGUGUUGGUGUACCCGCCGUUUCCACUGUCUGCUGGUGCCACCUUUGUCUGCUGGUGCUACCUUUAUUGGCUGGUGUCACCACUGUCUGCUGGUGUCAUCAUUGUCUGCUGGCGUCACUCAGUGACCACUGUCUGCGGGUGUGUCACUGUCUGCUGGUGUGUCACCCAGUGACCAACCACUGUCUGCUGGUGUGUCACCCAGUGACCACUGUCUGCGGGUGUGUCACCCAGUGACCAACCACUGUCUGCUGGUGUGUCACCCAGUGACCACUGUCUGCGGGUGUGUCACCCAGUGACCACUGUCUGCUGGUGUGUCACCCAGUGAACACUGUCUGCUGGUGUGUCACCCAGUGACCAACCACUGUCUGCUGGUGUGUCACCCAGUGACCACUGUCUGCUGGAGUGUCACUGUCUGCUGGUGUGUCACCCAGUGACCAACCACUGUCUGCUGGUGUGUCACCCAGUGACCACUGUCUGCUGGAGUGUCACUGUCUGCUGGUGUGUCACCCAGUGACCAACCACUGUCUGCUGGUGUGUCACCCAGUGACCACUGUCUGCUGGAGUGUCACUGUCUGCUGGUGUGUCACCCAGUGACCGCUGUCAGCUGGUAUGUCACCCAGUGACAACUGUCUGCUGGUGACGGCUGUUCGUUUGCGCUGACAGCGGUCGCUGUCCGCCGUCACCUGCUGUGGUAAGUUACAUGAGCGGUGUCGGCUGACUGAUGGUAUGUAUAUGUAGUUACACACGUCGACCACGGAGCCCGCUGGGACGGGACAGAGCUCGGCCUCCCCUCCGGAGCAGACCGGUCUGCCGGGAGCAGCGGGGUGGGUUGCCGUCCGCGCCGCGCCGUCCGAAUCAGGCCACCGCUGGACAGACGGCGCGCUCUCUCUGAAUCAUGGCGCCGUCACCCGUCCCGAUAACAGCGGGCUGACGGCGCCGACCCGGUGCUGAGGCACCAUGAGUGGCAUGGUUUCAGAGAAGGGUGUGGUAAUUUUUUGGGUCCGGACAAGGUGUCUCAGUCGGGAAACGUAAUGUCGUGCAGGUGUGAUGCUUACGCAACAUUCUGGCGCUAAAGAAACACUCUAAAAUGCGCCAAGUUAUAGCGCUCAACUGCUGUCACUCUUAUAAAGAAGCCGAGGUCGCGUGCUCUAGCAGCUUAGUGUGAUGAUAUUUGAUAAUACAACUUCCAAAU